GACCUUAUUUAUCUGUUCUCCCUCACCACCACUACCACCACCACUUCCAUCUCCUCCUUGUGCUCACUCCCUCACUUUCUGCAGUGUGCUCCCUUGGUGACUAGUUGAUCUCUCUCUCUCUCUGACAAGAAGCUUCAACAGUUGAACCUUGUUCACCUUGCUAAGCAUUAGCUCCACAAGAUGGGCCGAUCUCCUUGCUGUGAGAAAGUGGGUUUGAAGAAAGGGCCAUGGACACCUGAGGAAGACCAGAAACUCUUGGCUUACAUUGAAGAACACGGCCAUGGAAGCUGGAGAGCCUUGCCUGCUAAAGCUGGGCUUCAAAGGUGUGGGAAGAGCUGUAGACUGAGAUGGACUAACUACCUCAGACCUGAUAUUAAGAGAGGGAAAUUCAGUUUGCAAGAAGAACAGACCAUCAUUCAACUCCAUGCCCUUUUAGGAAACAGGUGGUCAGCCAUAGCAACUCACUUGCCUAAGAGAACAGAUAAUGAGAUAAAGAACUACUGGAACACACAUCUCAAGAAACGGUUAACUAAGAUGGGAAUCGAUCCUGUGACCCACAAGCCCAAGAGUGACACACUGAGCCCUGUCGAUGGCCAAUCUAAGGCCGCAGCAAAUCUCAGCCACAUGGCUCAGUGGGAGAGUGCUCGCCUUGAAGCCGAAGCUCGAUUGGUCAGAGAGUCAAGGCUGAAAUCCACUUCUUUCCAACCAGUCCAGGUCCAGCCUCAGCUUGGCUCCUCCUCUUCCCCUGACAUCGUUCCUCAGCUCCUCAACAAGACAGCAGCGGCGUCGGCUGGAGCUCCACCGGCACCGCCACUGUGUUUGGACGUGCUUAAGGCUUGGCAAGGAGGAUGGUCAAAGUCAACGAAAGGUGGUUUCGUUGCCUGUGUCGGCAACGGCCCUGAUCUCGAGUCCCCAACGUCUACAUUAAGCUUCUCUGAGAACCCACUUCCGAUUCAAAACGUGGGUAAUGCGGCGGUGGACUACUACGGCAACAACGAUAAUGAAGGUGGGAUGGUGAAGGAAGAAGGUGAAGAAGAGUGGAAAGGGUUCAAAGACAGAGUUGAGAGCUCCAUGACGUUCUCUACCGCCAGUCUCCAAGAUGUUGUGUUCGCCGUCGAGACCCCUUGGUCGCCGGAAUCACGGAAGGUAGAAAACGGGCACGUGGGUGCUUCAAAUUUCAUGGACGGUUUCGCGGAUCUUCUUCUUACUAAUGCCGACGAUCAUAAUGAGUCUGAUAGAGGUGGAGAUUCCGAUAAUGGCGAUGGAAACGUUGGGAGAGAAGGGUUUAGCUACGAAGAGAACAAGAACUACUGGAACAAUAUACUCAAUUUGGUAAACUCUUCCCCGUCAGAUUCACCGGUCUUCUAAGAUCUCCGGCCGCACCAGAAUUAUAACUGUAAAAGAAAUGUUAACGUCAUAAUUCAGAAUCCAAAAUGACUGGUUUUUAAUUUUAGGAAAAAAAAAAUAAAAAAAAAUCCAAUAGUCAUGGGGAUACAUUUUGUAGUGUUAGGGAAAAUCGUCCUUAAUGCCAACUUAUUUGAGUCAACUCAGUGUAAUUGUGUGAUCAGUUGGUCUGCUUAGACCUUUUAACUUUAAGAGAUUGGAAUGUAAUUUCUUUGUUUUAUUUGGUUAUAAUUUUCGUAAUGCUGUAAGAGACUUGUAACAGAAACAGGGCGGUUGUAUUAAUGGAUCAAAAUGGUCCAAGUAGCCUUGUUGGUGUCA